UGUGCGCACGGUACCACGGCGCUGCUCGCGUAUUCAGAUGGAGCGCAGGGCGGUGGCCGGUGAAUGAAUGAUCAAAGCCUUUUUAAAGGUUCAGUGGGCGGCGCGUGUUUCUGUAUUUACACUGGGCCGCUCCGCCCCGAGAGAUAGAAAACUGUCUCCGGGCCGGUGGAGGGAUGAAACAAGUGGACGGAGAUGCAGCAGACAGCCACGCAUCAAUAACUCCACGUCGUCGGCUCCGCUCGUCUCCCACUACGCUGUAGCAUCCUCUCCGUCUUUGCAAAACAGCACGCACGAUCGUUUUGCGGCGCUGCGUCGGAGCUUCAUGGCCGCGACCCUCGCGAUGAGCGGCGGCGGGCAGGAGGAUCCCUUCUACCCGCUGCACAAGGCGACCCUGUCCGUCGGAUUCCCCCUGGAGGACUCGGCGUUGUUCGGCUUGGACUGCAAGACCGCGGACGCGGACAAGAACGGGCAGGACGACUACGCACAGCAUCAGGCAAAGUGCGAGAUGGACCGGUACCUCUCCCCUCAGCCGCUCUCUGCUCCGCAUCCGGACGGACAGCCCAAGUCGCACGCGGACGUGGACCCGUUCUUCACCAACGACAGCGCCGGCGCCCCCUACACCCUCAACAUGAAUCUUUACCUCCCCGACAUCACCUACCUGAAGAUGGGCCUGUGUCAGCAGGCGCGGCCGCCUCAGCACCACGGCCACGCGGGUCCGGCCCAAAUCAAGGCCGAGUCCGACCCGCCGUGCUUCUCGGCCGCCCUGCAGCCGCACUGCCCCAACGCACCGGCCCACGGCCCCAUGGAGCCCUCAGCCAUAAACAUGACGCUAAGAGGCUUACCGGACUUCACCAGUGUUUUCAACCAGUCGGGCGGCAGCCGCGGCGGCGAGCCGGUGCCGGAGGUGUUCGUCAAACAGGAAAUGAGCUCACAGUUCGAGCAGCAGGCGCUCCACCACGGCGACGGCGGCGGCUCGCUGUUUCAGCUCCUCACCUCCGGCCUGGACCAUCACCACGGGGGCGGCAUGGACGCCCAACAUCACCACCACCACCACCACCACCACCAGCAGCAGCAGCAGCAGCAGCAGAUGCAGCCGCCCGUUUCCACUCUCCACAACGCUUUCCAUCAUUUGCCCGUAGCUUCAUCGGCGUCUCAACAGGAGCAGGCUGCCAAACCCGCGUACUGCGGCCUCGGCGCCGGAGCGUACGCGCAUCCUCGCGCUCAGCCCCGCCCCCACUUCCUCCAGCAGCAGGCGCCCUACCUGCCGCCCUCCCCGCCGAGCUCCGAGCCCGGCAGCCCCGACCGGCAGAAGGAGCUGCUCCACACCCUGUCGCCGCCGCCCUCGUACGCCGCCACCAUCGCCUCCAAGCUGGCGGGCGGCGCCCCCCGACUGGGCUGCGCCCUGGGAGCGGGCCUCGCCGGGCCCCACGCCGCGGGCCCCACGUCGGGCCCCGGCCCGGGCGCCGUGCUUCCCCGGGCACCUGCAGAGAGCCCGGCUCCGAACCCGGCCCAGACCACCGUGCCCGUCCGCUACAACCGGAGGAACAACCCGGACCUGGAGAAGCGGCGGAUCCACCACUGUGAUUACCCAGGCUGCAAGAAGGUCUACACCAAGUCGUCCCAUCUGAAAGCCCACCUCAGGACUCACACGGGUGAGAAGCCGUACAAGUGCACGUGGGACAGCUGCGACUGGCGCUUCGCGCGUUCCGACGAGCUGACGCGUCACUUCCGGAAGCACACGGGCGCCAAGCCCUUCCAGUGCGCCGUGUGCUCGCGCUCCUUCUCCCGAUCCGACCACCUGGCCCUGCACAUGAAGAGACACCAGAACUAGCAGCGGAACGCACGCGCGCAUACACGCACUACAAACAAGCAAACAGGAAAAACGACCCAAACACACUAGCGCCGCCUCCACGCACGUGCAUUACGAGCCGCCGGAUGCGGAGCCACUCGGCGCCACAGCUCCGCCUGCUGCUGCUGACGUCAGCUGGAUGAGCCCGCCGAACACGACCCGAACCCAGAGACUGUACAUUAACAGGGCCAGAAAACGCAGCUGGUCCCAUGACCUUCACACGCGCGUGGAAUAAGAAGAAAAAUGAUAACAAUAAGAACGUUGUAGCUCUAAAACAUGUUUCCAGUCCAUCUGAACUCUUUUGUGCGACUGGGAUGAAAGCACUUAUCAGUCAACACUUGUAACAUUUUGUCUCUGUUAGACAUAGAACCGGCUUCAAUAUUUUUUUCGUAGAAAUGAAAAAAAGUUUUGUUUGUAAAACUAGUUAAACCAAAUGUCUCUUUAAUCAUUGGUUUGUUAGCUGCUUUGUAACUGGAAUAUAAUUAUUUUUUUUAACCAAGUCCUUCGUUUUGCACUAGAAUUGGAAACUCACGUCGGAGCCCUUAUUUUUCCGGCGCGUCUCAUUCACCACUGGACCGAUCAUUAUCACCGCUGGACUGAAUCUCACAAAUCGUUGCUGUUCAGAUAUUAAAAAUUGAAGACGUUUAUCCUCCGGGGGGGGGGGGGGUUGCAGAUGGAGCGGGAAGAUUUUAGGUUUCAGACGGAGGAGGCAGAGAGACGACGGAGGAACAGAGGGAUGCGGACGGCUGCUGGAGCAGCAAUUAGGCCAUGAAUUAUUCAGCCCGUCUUACGGCGGCUCAGCAUGUGAGCAGAACCUUUACACUCGUCCUCGGCUCCAUUCGGGCGAAACACGAACCAGCUCUAGAUGCACCAGAAUUCAGCGUCCUCACGAUGCCUCUGUUUUGCUUCUUUCAAACGUUUUAACCAAAGUAUCCUCUCCUUCACUCAUCGACUUCCUGUAUUAAGUGCCUCCUGCUGUGUUUCAUGUGUUCUCCCUCGGUUGUAGCGGAGCUGGGAUCAACCUAGACACUCCUUCAGACACACAUGGUGCUGUUUCUAUUUCUUAAUCGGUUUGGAAAACAAGUCGGUUGACUUUAAAUGUCGAGGUGUGCGUUGUUCGUGUCCCCCUGACUUUCAGUGGAGCUCCGGUCGUUCCCACUCUACGCCCCUGAACGCGACUCACUCGCAACCGGGCUCCGUCCGUCAGUCGAACGUGGACACGAGAUCUGUUGAAGCGUAGCUAUGCAUUAGAACUCGGAUCUGGACCCCGGUGCAUUGUGGUCUCACGCGCAACUGCCUGAUGCCCGAUGUGUUCACGGACAUGCAAAUAUUGGACAGGAACCGUGCAAACCUACCGACAGAUCAGCGUCCAGGUUCAUAGUACGACUUAGCCACAUCCUAUAACUGUAUGUGUUCACUGCAGGUAGCGAAAGAUAAUAUAGCACUGUAACGUAUCUUGGUAAAUCUGACUAUUUAUUUGAUUGUGCUGAGGUGGGGGUUAUAUCGGAUCAGUUUUUCUCCCCAGCAAAAAUGCCUUAAUGUAAAUAUAUGCACUGUAAAUAACUGAUUUUUGUUUGUCUUCGUUUGUUUUCCUCUUCUCUUAUUAUUUUGUAAACAAAAGGGCAAAAAGAGGAAAAUGCCCCGCAUCCAAAAACAUUUGAGCCUUUUAUUUGUUCUCGUCGAAGAUAUUUUGAUGCCAUUAUUUUAUAUAUUGUCUUUCCAACAGCUUAUUUUGUAAAUCCUUUUUAUUUCUUCCAUGGUAAACGUUCCAAAGACAAAGGUUGUUUUUCUUCAACUGAGUGAAGCCGAUCCAAUAAAGUCAACUGACACUUUU